AUGAGCCAGAGGUUCACUGUAUCCAAGAGCGACGGCGACGGGCUCCCCGUUGACAUCCAGGGGGAAGUGAACCAGCUCUUCGAGGGCGACGAGCCUCCGGCCUCAGUCGAGGCCGAGAGUGAUGCAGCUGUGGUCGGAGUGGUACAAUCGCCGGCCGAGGCGACGUCCACGGUGGUGGUGCUGAAAGGCGACAGUAACCCCAAGGAGAGCAGCCCCUUCAUCAACAGCAGCGAUGCGGCAGCAGAGAAGAGCCAGCAGUACGACGGCAAGAACAUGGCCCUGUUUGAGGAGGAGAUGGACACCAGCCCCAUGGUGUCGUCUCUGCUCAGCAGCUUGGCCAACUAUUCCAACCUGCCGCAAGGGAGCAAAGAGCACGAGGAGGCCGAGAACAAUGAGGCCGAGUCAUCCCGCAAGAAGCCAGUCAAGGCCCCCCAACUUGGUACCCUGAUGGGCGUGUACCUGCCGUGCAUCCAGAACAUCUUUGGCGUCAUCCUCUUCCUCAGGAUGACCUGGUUGGUCGGCAUUGGCGGUAUCAUUGGAACCUUUGUCAUCGUCUUCAUGUGCUGCACCACCACCAUGCUGACUGCCAUCUCCAUGAGUGCCAUCGCUACCAAUGGAGUGGUGCCAGCUGGAGGUUCAUACUACAUGAUCUCCCGUUCGCUGGGGCCUGAAUUCGGGGGUGCGGUGGGGAUCUGCUUCUACCUGGGGACCACCUAUGCGGGCGCCAUGUACAUCCUGGGGGCCAUCGAGCUGCUCCUGAUCUACAUCGUGCCCAAAGCGGCCAUCUUCCCACUGGAGGGCUUAGAGGGUGCCGAGGCGGAAGCGGCUCUACUCAAUAACAUGCGUGUGUAUGGCACCAUUCUGCUCACAUCCAUGGCCACCGUGGUGUUCGUCGGCGUCAAGUACGUUAACAAGCUAGCCUUGGUCUUCCUCGCCUGCGUCAUUCUCUCCAUCUUGGCCGUCUAUGCUGGCGUCAUCAAGACUGGCGUGGAACCGCCCGACUUUCCUGUUUGUCUGUUGGGCAACCGCACGUUGGUGUGGAAAACGUUCGAUGUUUGCGCCAAGACGGUGGAGACGGCCAACGGAACGAUAACCACCCAGCUGUGGCGCAUGUUCUGCGACUCGUCCCUGCUCAACGCCACCUGCGACAAAUUCUUUGAGGCCAAUAAUGUGACACAGAUCCAGGGAAUCCCUGGAGUCACCAGCGGAAUCUGGACAGAAAACGUGUUCGGAACUUACUACGAGAAGGGCGACUUGAUCGCCCGCCUCAACAUGGAGUCCGUGGAGGAGCCGGACGAGCCACUGACCAACGCCAACCGCUACGUGCUAGCCGACAUCACCAGCUUCUUCACACUGCUGGUUGGCAUUUACUUCCCUUCGGUGACAGGAAUCAUGGCUGGGUCUAACCGUUCCGGUGACCUGCGCGACGCCCAGAAGUCCAUCCCCAUAGGAACCAUUGCUGCUAUCACCACCACCUCCUUCGUUUACAUGUCCAGCGUUAUUCUCUUUGGCGCUUGCAUCGACGGCGUGGUCCUCCGAGACAAGUUUGGGGAAGGGGUGCACGGAAACCUGGUUAUCGGCACGUUGGCGUGGCCAUCGCCAUGGGUCAUCGUAAUUGGCUCCUUUUUCUCCACUUGUGGGGCUGGUCUGCAGAGCCUAACGGGGGCACCGCGUCUCCUACAGGCUAUAGCCAAGGAUGGAAUCGUACCUGCGUUGCGGAUUUUUGGCCACGGGAAGGCAAAUGGGGAGCCCACGUGGUCCUUGCUGCUGACAGCAUUUAUCUGCGAAAGCGGAAUCCUCAUCGCAUCUUUGGACUCAGUAGCUCCCAUCUUGUCCAUGUUUUUCCUCAUGUGCUACAUGUUCGUGAACCUGGCAUGCGCUUUACAAACUCUGUUGCGGACCCCCAACUGGAGACCCCGCUUUAAGUUCUACCACUGGACUCUGUCCUUCUUGGGUAUGAGCUUGUGUCUCACUCUCAUGUUCCUGUGCUCUUGGUACUACGCCAUUGUCGCCAUGGUGAUUGCCGGCUCCAUUUACAAGUAUAUUGAGUUUGCGGGUGCGGAGAAGGAGUGGGGCGACGGAAUUCGAGGUCUGUCCCUGAGCGCCGCACGUUACGCACUCAUGCGUCUGGAGGAAGGACCCCCCCACACGAAGAACUGGAGGCCCCAGUUGCUGGUGCUUGUGAGCACGGAUGCCGAGCAGAAUGUGGAGCAGCCCAGGCUGCUCUCGCUCACCAACCAGCUGAAAGCGGGCAAAGGAUUGACCAUUGUUGGCACGGCGCUGGUGGGCACUUACCUGGACAACUAUGAACACACCCAACGGGCAGAACAGUCACUGCGUAAACUGAUGGAGACGGAGAAGGUAAAGGGCUUCUGCGUAGUGACGGUGUCAUCCAAUCUGCGAGACGCCACCUCCCACCUGCUCCAGGCCAGCGGGCUGGGUGGCCUGAAGCACAAUGCCAUGCUGGUGUCAUGGCCACGCAACUGGAAGCAGGGUGACGAGCAUCAGACCUGGAGGAAUUUUGUCGAGCUAGUGAGAGAAACUACUGCCGCUCAUUUGGCUUUGCUGGUGCCCAAAAACAUUGCGGCCUUCCCGUCAAAUGGCGAGCGUUUUACUGAGGGUCACAUCGACGUGUGGUGGAUUGUCCAUGACGGAGGCAUGCUGAUGCUGCUCCCCUUCCUCCUGCGCCAGCAUAAGGUUUGGAGAAAGUGCAAGAUGCGCAUCUUUACUGUGGCUCAGAUGGACGACAACAGCAUUCAAAUGAAGAAAGACUUGACCACCUUCCUCUAUCAUCUCCGUAUUGAUGCUAUGGUGGAAGUGGUAGAAAUGCACGACAGCGACAUCUCGGCGUACACCUACGAAAAGACCCUGGUAAUGGAACAACGCUCACAGAUGCUAAAGCAGAUCAACCUGACUAAGAAUGAGCGUGAGAGGGAGAUCCAGAGUAUUACCGACUCGUCCCGUGGCUCCAUUCGGCGCAAGAACCCGGGGUCUGUGACCACCCAGCUAAGUGUGGGUGAAGAACCACCAGCUGCUGGCAAGGAGGAGAAACCAGAAGAGGAGUCAAAGUCGACCUCUCCCCCUGUGCCCACCCCCGCGCAGGUGCAGCUCAUCCACGACAACACCACCCCGACCAGCCCUGCCGCCCCGGCCGCGACACCGGCCCCGGCCGAAGCGGCCCAAAGCCCUGGGGAGCAGGUACAGAUGACCUGGACGGAGAAGUGUGAUGGGGAAGCUAGCAAGCCGGCAGGUGCAGCCACACCGUGUGGCAUCAAGGACAUCUUCAACAUGAAGCCUGAAUGGGAGAAUCUGAACCAGUCAAACGUGCGACGCAUGCACACGGCACUGCGACUCAACGAGGCCAUCACCAAGAAGUCCUCAGAGGCCAAGCUGGUCCUGCUCAACAUGCCAGGCCCGCCCAAGAACCGGACGGGCGACGAAAAUUAUAUGGAGUUUCUGGAGGUCCUCACUGAAGGUCUCAACCGCGUCCUCCUGGUGCGUGGAGGCGGACGCGAGGUCAUCACCAUCUACUCCUGA